AUGACAAACUCCACGUCUCUGAUCAAGUCGGCUCCUCUAUAUAACAUGGACCGCAAGAUCUCGGUGGUCAUGAUUAGACAGUUCGCUUCUGGGUUGAUCUGGACGUCUCCUGUGAUCACACCCACGUCCAAGUCUUUGAAAGUUUCUUUGAAAUCUCUGAACUUUUGGUUACUCAGAGCUUUGAUUGGCGAAGUUCCGCCAGGUUGGAACGGCAGAAACCCGGAAUUACCCAUCACGGCGUCGUCUUUACCACCAAACUUUCUGUUCACGGAGAGAGACGUUGCUGCCGAGUUUCCGGCGUCUAAAAUGGAUCUAUCGAAAGUCUCUUUGUAG